UUGGAUGGGUAAUGUACAAUCAGAGGGUUACAAUGGUAAAUUUGUAUACUUGAAAGAACUUAUGUAUUAUGUAAGUAUCAAUAUUAAGGAUAAUGACCAGCUUAUUGAACAUGGUGAAGUGAGAAACGCCGGUUAUAAUUUAAUAGUAGACUAA